AUCCGAUCGGAAACAUCCGACCCACCAUUACGAGGAGGAACCGGCGCUGUCUCAUGUGUGAUGUGACUCGCCUCGAAGGAGAGAGUAAGGAAGCUGGCUUGGAAUCGUUUGAUCUGCACAUUCCAGUGGAGGGAUGCGAUCGACCUUUAGGGCGUUUUUGGAUUCUUUUCGGUACGAUAGACGGAUACAGGACGGCGGUGUUGUUUCCGAUCGGAGAUCGGUCGUUCCUUUCGACCACUUUGCCGCCGGUGAUUUCGGUGUUUAUCGAACCUCUUCAGCGGAAAAGCUUGAGAUCAAUCGGCUUUGAGAGGGUCGGAGAGACUGCAAUCUCCGUCUGCAGCGAGGGAGGUUGCUCGUCGGUCGGAUUUCACCUUCGUCCUGCUUCUCUAAUCGCCAGUAUCAAAUUCGAGUUAUGUGCUUUAGGGUUUCUGUAAAUGGCAUCCUUAGUCCCCGGUGUCCUUAUCAAGCUCCUGCAGCACAUGAAUACCGAUGUGAAGAUCGCCGGAGAGCAUCGCUCUUCCCUUCUUCAAGUUGUGAGUAUCGUCCCUGCCCUCUCUGGAAGUGAUCUCUUCAACAACCAAGGGUUUUAUCUCAAGGUCUCUGAUUCUUCCCAUGCAACAUUUGUCUCCCUGGCCGAUGAGCACAAUGACCUCAUCUUAAGCGACAAGAUCCAGCUCGGUCAGUUCAUUCAUGUCGAUCGCCUUGAGGUCGGCUCCCCGGUUCCCAUUCUGAAGGGUGUGAGACCACUUCCUGGUCGUCACCCCUGUGUUGGGAACCCUGAGGAUCUCGUCGUCACCAGUUCUCUUUGUUUUCUUAAUUCGGAUAAACUGAAGCCGUCCAGUGACUCAAAGAAUAGCAGCAACACAUCCUCAGAAAACGCAAAGGGGAAAUUGGUGAUAUCCAAGUUAACUACAAAAACGCAGAAGGCAGAAAGGAAAAGGAUUCAGCUUUCUAAGUCUAGCUCUCUGCUCUCAAAACGACCAGUUAUUGGCAAAUUGGGCAAGAAAGACAUGAGUUUGGGAUCAAGAUCAAUGAACUCAAGGUCGAUACCUUCGUCUCCAAGUAGUGUGUAUUCUUUGCCUGCCUCUUUUGAGAAAUUCUCUAGUGAGGUUAAGAAGCAUGCAAGAGCGAAAGGAGUAGAAAAGCGGGCAUUGUCAAGAGUGAGUCUGUUGGAGAAGGCAGCAGCUUCCAUGUUGAAAGUGACAUCUGCCGGCAGGAAGCCUACUGCUGGAAAUUUCUUGGCGAAUUUUGCGCCCACCAUUGAAUUAGGGCCAAAAGCUUUGAGAAAGAGCUGGGAAGGGAAUCUGGACACUAGGGGAAGACAUACUUCUACCUCAAAAUGUGGCAAACCGACUGCAAAAUCUGAAUCCAGAAGUGCUUCUGCUCCUCGACAGAAAUCAUCAAAAAACGAGACAUCAUUAGCUAAGGAGGAUAGCAAACUUCAAACUCCUACAAAGAAAGUGAUCGCAAAUGGUCCUGGAGAGGAUUCUGACAAAGUAGCUAAACAGAGUCAUGUUUCGAAAAAGCCUUCAGAGACUAGUAACAGUCUGAGUAACUUCGUGAAGGUUGAAACAACUAAAAGGAACUGGACAGAUGACAGUAUUUCAUGGCAGUCACUUCCAUCGUCUCUAGCAAAACUAGGGAAGGAGCUUUUGAAGUAUAGGGAUGCAGCACAACAGGCUGCAGUAGAGGCUAUGCAAGAAGCUUCUGCCGCUGAGAGCUUGAUUCGUUGCUUAAGCAUGUACGCGGAGCUGAGUGGCAGUGCCAGGGAAGAGAACCCGCAGCCGGCCGUGGCUCAGUUCCUCGCCUUCCAGUCCUCCCUCUCCCGUGCCGCGGCCGUUGCCGACUCUCUCUCUAAGUCCAGGUCUCAAUCCGUGGCCGCAGCUUCGUCAGGCGGAUCCCCUGAUCCAAUCCCAGAAGAAGUAUUGAAAAUCUCCAGGAGCAAUCGCCGCCGCGCCGGCUCCUGGGUCAGCGCAGCACUCGCCACCGAGCUCUCCCCUUUCUCCCUCUACAACCGCAAGAACCUCACCGCGGCCUCCCCGACGGCGGCUGUGGUACUCGAGGGCCCGUCCAAAGCUUCCUCAGCAGCAGCGGCGGCGACCUCCAAGGCCUCGUUUCAGUCAAAAUCCAGGUCAUUCGCCGUGGCUCCUGGCAAUGGGAAGACGAAGGGGCCGGCGCCACCGUCGCUGCUGCUGGAAUGGGAGCGCGGAGGAGGGCUGGAAGAGGGAGCCGAACUGGCACGCGUGCUGAGGGAGGACGCGCAGUCGUGGUUCCUGGCGUUCGUGGAGAGGUUCCUCGACUCGGACGCGGCCACGGUAGAGCCGUCCGACCGGGAGCAGGUGGCCACGAUGCUGUCACAGCUCAAGAAGGUGAACGACUGGCUGGAGGCGGUCAGCCGACGAAAGAGGGAAGGCGAUACCGACUUGCAAGAGGACGGCGAGGGUCCAACCUGCGUACCGCCUGAGACGGUGGAACGUUUGAGGAAGAAAAUUUACGAGUACCUCCUCACCCACGUCGAAUCCGCAGCGGUCGCACUUGGUGGCGGCGGCGGCGGCGUCCCGACCGCUACCCCGCCCCAUCCUGCGGCGGGUAGCGGAGGGCGGCUGAGCCGCCGGAAGGGGUGACAGAGACUUGUGGCCCCACGAUUCCCGAUGCAGGUGACAGCCGUCUCUCUCUAUCUAUCUUUUCCACGUGUUCUGUUUUGGUGUGUUUACAUGUCCAAAUCCUAUUGCGGAUACCGCUGUUGCGUGGUCUAAUUUACACGAGGGCCUGCGACGGAUCUCCGAGCAUCCCAAGCUCAAGAAGAGAUAUAGAACCCAUUCGUUAUUUACUCUUUGGUCAUCUCCCAUUUCCUUUUCAUCUCAAACUUCAAUAUAUAUAUAUGAAAAAAAUAUAUAGAGAGAGAUCUUUAUUAAGAUCAUGGUAGCUUCCCUAAACACACAAAAGAUAUCAAUA